AGGUGCUGGAGGACAAGUUUCAUACAGAAAAGAAAAAAAAGAAUUUAAACUAGAAGAAGAAGAAAAAUGGGGAAAAAAAUGGAAAGCGGAGGAAAUGUCAUAAGCUGCCACACUACCGAAACCUGGGACAAUGUGCUCUCCCAGGGAAUGCAAGAGAAAAGAUUGAUGAUUGUUGACUUCACAGCUUCAUGGUGUGGUCCUUGUCGAACCAUAGCCCCAUUCGUAGCAUCCUUGGCUAGAAGCACACCUGAUGUCCUCUUCCUCAAGGUGGACGUGGAUGAAUUGCCGUUGGUGGCUGAAGAUUGGGGCGUAAAGGGAAUGCCAACAUUCAUGUUCCUAAAGGAAGGCAGAAUUUUGGAGUCUUUUGUUGGAGCCAGGAAAGACAAGUUGCAGCAGCUUCUUGCCAAACACAGCAUGAAAUCUCCUACUACUUCUUAUGAUUCACAUAUCAAAGUUCAAAUUGAAAUUGUUGAUUAAAUAAUGGUUAUCAUUAGAGAUAUUAUUAAAUAUUAAUUAAUUAUAUUAUCGAUCAUUUGACAACUCCUAUUGGCUAUUGCUGCCUUGCUUGAUCAGAGUAUCGAUUAUACGGAGUACUUAGUAAUUUUCAGCGUUAUUAUAUAGGUAGUAUAAUAAUGAAUUAAUGGAGAGUUAGAAUUUUGUAUUUUAUUGCGAUGACGGAUUACUCUUCAAUUUUGAAGAAUAAAUCAAUAAAUUAAUCUAUGCUCUCAACUUUGC